AAGUAGAAUAAAAAUGUUGGCAUUUAAUUUGUUUGCGAUUUUGGUGCUAUUUCAGCCUGUAAUAUCAAUCGAUGUAACGCAGGAGGAAGGACAGAGUAAUUUGUUUGGAAUUGGUAAGAUUGGUGAUGGGAAGAAGUACUGUGAUGUUAUGUUAUUGUUUUGUUUUUUAACCAAUGAAAGAUUGCUAAUAAAAUACUUUACAGCAAUAGUACACGAAAAGACACAACCGCACAUUCCUACAAUGGUAGGUAAUGUAAUGAAGAAAGUGAUGGCUAAUGCAAAUGGAAUAUCGAUAAAAGAAUACUACAUUCAAUACGAUCAUGAAUUUGCACCGUUUGGUGAAGACGAACAGUUCUGUGCAGCCAUGUUUGAGGGAGUUUCAGUUCUGCUGGAUACGACUUGGAUUGAUUCGAGAUACCUAGCCAGUGCGGCAGAAGAGUUUGGCAUUCCCUACUUCCACAUUGACCUGUCCGUGCAAACGUAUGUGAAACUGCUGGAAAGCUUUCUAUUGGCGCGUGGUGGCAACGAUGUAGUGUACAUCCUGCCAAACUACCAGGAUGCAGAUGCCACGAUUUAUCUGCUCAUAACAGAUUCAUAUCUUCGGGCCAUCGUCUUUGGCGAACUGGACGGUGAUACGGUAGACAGAAUAAAGGACCUUCGACCGUAUCCAUCCUUUUACGCCGUGAUAGCAGGAACGAUGGAAAUGAACACCAUACUUCAAAAAGCCAUUGACGGUGGGCUGGUGCGUAAGCCGGAGAAGUGGAACUUGCUGUUCACCGAUCUGCAGACAGACAAGUAUACCCUUGGGGAUGAUUUCCCACAAAUGAAUCGUUUGGUUCUGGACAGCAACACGUGUUGUAUCCUUUUGCAACAGCGCUUUCCCUGCAUCUGUCCUGACCCGUUCGAUCCGAUGGAUGCACAUUUACAGAAUGUGCUGGAGCGAAUUGUGCAAUGGUUUAUCAAAGAUCCGAUUCCUCUGGUACGCGCAUCUAACUGUACGCCGGAGUCACAGCAGCAAGAGCUGUUGGAGCAUGCGAUCGCAGCGCAGACGAAACUAAUGAACGAGAUCGCCGCGAUGGCAGAAUUUUGGAUCACACCCGAGAGCGGUAUGUUACGUCCCAAUCUUAAUCUCUCGAUAAUCAGCCAACCCACAAAUCAAAACACUACUAGUGCAGCAGCACAGCCGCCGCCAGCUACCACAAUCGGAAAUGUGGCAAAAGGUCAGAUAGUGCUGGUUAAAAACGAAUCGCUUCAACCUAGCAAACGGUUUUUUCGCGUCGGAACAACCGAAUCUAUACCGUGGGCAUAUCGCAAACGUGAUCCAAAUGGAAAUAUCCUGCGCAAUUCGACCACUGGCGAGCCGAUCUGGGAAGGGUACUGUAUCGAUUUCCUGCAUCAGCUGUCGGUUGUUAUGAACUUUGACUACGAUCUCGUUUCGCCACGGAACGGUACCUUCGGGCUGCGUGAUGCGGACGGCAAAUGGGAUGGCCUUGUCGGCGAUUUAGUUGUGGGUGAGAUCGAUUUUGCUAUCGCCUCGCUCAAAAUGACGGCCGAACGGGAGGAAGUGGUAGACUUUGUAGCGCCAUACUUCGAGCAAACGGGCAUCCUGAUAGCAAUGCGCAAGCCGGUUCGCGAAACGUCGCUGUUCAAGUUUAUGACCGUGCUGCGACUAGAGGUUUGGCUGAGUAUCUUGCUAGCGAUCGUUGCAACCGCUGUCAUGCUGUGGCUUUUGGAUAAGUUUUCACCAUACAGCGCGAAAAACAACAAGGACGCGUAUCCCUAUGAGUGCAGAAAAUUCACACUGAAGGAAAGCUUCUGGUUUGCGUUGACCUCUUUCACCCCACAGGGUGGCGGGGAAGCACCGAAAGCCCUCUCGGGUAGAACGCUUGUGGCUGCAUACUGGCUAUUUGUGGUUCUAAUGCUGGCUACUUUCACAGCGAAUCUAGCCGCCUUUCUCACGGUCGAACGCAUGCAAACGCCUGUUCAAUCGCUGGAGCAGCUAUCACGGCAAAGCCGCAUCAAGUACACGGUCGUGAAGGAUUCCGAUACGCACGACUACUUCCGUAACAUGAAAAACGCAGAAGACGUGCUGUACCAAAUGUGGCGCAAUCUAACACUGUCCAGUGGGAACGAUCAGGCGCAGUAUCGCGUCUGGGACUAUCCGAUAAAAGAGCAGUACAUCAACAUCCUGUCCGCGAUCGAGUCUGCCAGCCCGGUAGCUACAGCAGCUGAAGGGUUCCGCCGUGUCAACGAGCGCCUCGAUGCUGACUUUGCAUUCAUACACGAUUCCGCCGAAAUAAGGUACGAAAUAUCGCGCAACUGCAAUUUCACAGAGGUCGGCGAGGUUUUUGCUGAGCAGCCGUACGGGAUCGCCGUACAGCAGGGCAGCCAUUUGCAGGACGAGUUAAGCUAUUUCAUACUUGAGCUGCAAAAGGAGCGCUACUUCGAGUCGCUCACGGCUAAAUUUUGGAACAACAGUGCCCGGUCCCAAUGUCCCAACACCGACGACAGUGAGGGUAUCACGCUGGAAAGUCUGGGGGGUGUGUUCAUAGCGACAUUGGUGGGAUUAGCGCUUGCAAUGAUCACACUGCUCGGUGAGGUAAUUUACUAUCGUCGUAAGGAGACCAGCCGAAACUUUAUUAAAGUAGCACCAUUCGGAAAUGCGGACAAACCCAUGGCGCGGGAUGGUAAGCGCAUUGCUCUGAAACAAAAAUCGAUCGCUGCGGUGAAACAUCUGCUCGAUUUGGACACGCCAGCUAAGGCGCUUCGCGGUGCGACGACGACAGUGAAAAUCAACACGAAAAAAGAGAAGCCAAUACCGAAGGAAAUUACGAUCGGCAAUAAGUUUGUAUCGGCGGCAGAAAAGCAACAAAAACUUUCCUACAUUGCCAUAAUGCCUAGGAAUGCUAUACAUUAGCUACAUGCAAGAUGGCCUCUAUAAAUGGAUGAAUAUUGCAAUGUUUACUUGAAAUAUUUUAAACUUUAAGUUACUCAUUAAUGAAAUUGAUGUAUGCUUUCUGGUUAGUGCAUUAAACACAAUUCUACAAAACGAAAGUAUUAAAAAAUGCUUUGUUUUCAAAAGAAUUAGAAAAAACACUCUGUUCACGAAGAAAUAAAGCAUAUUCAUUUUAAAAGGCAGACACUCCAAUGAACUCAAUGUUGUUCCAGCUAAUAUCAGAAAAGCCCAACAAUUGUUAUGAAACACUGCGGAGCGGCAACUAUUUUUAACACUGGUUCGCCAAACAAAUUGUAUCUAAGGGUGGGAAUGAACGAGCUGCUCAUUUAUUCUGACAACUGACCAGCUGCA